UUUGUUUACGUUUUGCUGGGCCAAAAAGAAAGUUGGCUCAAAAGCUCGCUAUGCCCAGAUCACAGGUUAAAGUUGGUUGGAAGAGUAACCUUUAAUAAUCCACUCCUAUGAAUUUAUCAACUCGUGCUGUUUUGGCCAUUGGCGGCGUGUUUUUGGGCUGUUGCAGUGGUGUUGUGUUCCUGGAGCACCUGGUAAAGUUGGAUCCCGGCGCUGGAAACCUGAUAACCGCCGUCCAGUUUGCCUUCAUAGCCCUGGAGGGCUUCAUUUUCACAUCGAGGUUUGGAUUGGCAAACAGAGUGAUUAGCCUGCGUGACUAUGCCCUUCUUGUGGCCAUGUUCUUCUUGACCAGCGUAUGCAACAACUACGUGUUCGAGUUUAAUGUCCCGAUGACGCUGCACAUGAUCAUUCGAGGCGGUUCCCUCAUCUCGAAUAUGUGCUUGGGCACGAUGAUCCUAAAGAGGCGCUAUCGGCUCAGUCAGUACAUAUCGGUGGUCAUGAUCAGCGUGGGAAUUUUUAUCUGCACAUAUUUUUCCAGCCUGGAUUUGGAUGGCAAGAAGGAGGAAGUGGAUGGAACCGCAGAAGCGGAUAUAUUCUGGUGGCUGGUUGGUGUCCUGCUCCUUGUGCUGGCUUUGUUUGUAUCCUCCUACAUGGGCAUUACCCAGGAACUGCUGUACCGACGUCAUGGCAAGUGUGCGAGGGAAGCUUUGUAUUACACACACCUGUUGCCAUUGCCCGCCUUUUUGCUGAUGCAGGAAAAUAUACAGACGCACUGGCGAAUGGCCUUUGCAGGCGUGUCCUACCAGCUGCCCCUCCUGGGCUUCGCAGUGCCUCUAAUACUACUCUAUUUGUUGGGUAAUGUACUCGCUCAGCAUCUGUGUAUCAGUUCUGUUUACACUCUGACAACGGAAUGCAGCUCGCUGACAGUUACCUUGAUCUUAACCCUUCGAAAAUUCAUCUCGUUGGUAUUUUCGAUUAUUUACUUUCGGAAUCCAUUCACCUUGUACCACUGGCUGGGUACACUGUUAGUCUUCGUAGGUACCUUAAUGUUUGCAGAUGUAAUUAGAGUUCCGCAAGGAAAAACACAGGCUGUGAAACAGGACUAAGCUUUACACGACUUUUUGUGACGAACAAGGGUAUAUUCCAUUUACAUUUACAUUUAAGUACAAAUUAAAAAUACAAGACUCUCAUAAUUGUUAUGAAAAGAAGGCAUACAUUAAAAUUAAUGAAAAACGUGAUGCUCUGGA